AUGCCUUCCCGCAGAUCGGCAGCCCAAGCCCCCGCUAGAGCUAGCCAGGGCAUUCCCGAGUCAAAUGUUGUCCCCAAACGCGCUCGGCGGACUACUAUCACUGGACCUGAUACUGCCCCUCUGUCAGCCACUCAAGGCACACACCUGCAGCCACCGCUGUCUCCCUCGCCUAUAGCCAAGACCCAGAAACAAAAACACUGGAAGAUUGUUCAUCGACCAUGCUUGCAGGUUUUUAAAGACGCGGAUAGAGAGCGGGACGAGUCAACGCUUUCUAUCCAGCGACUAGAGGCCGACAACGCCCAAGCCGCAGCGAAGAUCCGCCUGCUGGGCAACGAAAAAGAUCAGUCUCUAGUCAGGGUCCAGGCACUUGAGAUGCAAAUAUGGAAUUUGAAACAGCAACUAGAGACCGCGCAGUUCAGUGGCAUGGCGAGUGAUGACUUGUUGCCUUGGCUGAUGCAGACGAGCGCCGAUUUCAUGAUUGCGCAGACCAAACUUUCUAGCAGAGUAGAAGCAGAGAAAAACAAACGCCUGGCCGCGACCCUGCCUGCUUCUGAUGUGUUUCAAGGGAACUGGCAAGCCCAGAAUGGGCACCUUGGAAUGCUUGAUACCAACUCGCUUCCAGGUUAUCCACUACCGAGUGCCCUUCCGUUGACAAAUCAAGAAACGCUGGCCCAAGCCAACCAACAAGCCAACCAGUACACAUCGCCCUUCUGA